GAUGAAUUGACUGGAGAGACUUGCGUGUGCCGAGGACAGAGUGGAGUCAGACAUCCUUGACAGACGGGAGUUCUCUCCCAGCCGCCUCAGAGCAGAUAGCAGAGCUGAGGGCUGAGCUGGAGAAGAGAGAGCAGGCCCUGAAAGACGACCAGGAGGAAGGAGACACACUCGUCAUCACGCAGGAAGAACUGGACCGACAGAACACGGAAGCUACACAGCAUGUGAUCUCAGUGUAGGAGAAGCUCUCUGUUCAGCUGAAGGAGUCUGAGACUGAGGUGUUCAGGUUGCAGUCAGAGCUCAGUACCACCACCGACCAGAGGGUGGCGCUACAGAAAGAACUACAGGCCCAGCAGGAGAAACUGAGCCAGAGUGCUUACACCCUGAACCACCUCCACAUGGGCAAGCAGCAGCUGGAGGCUACCGUCAAGGAGUUGAGGGAGAAACUUGGACGGGCAACAGCGAUGGGCAAAGAGAACCAGGUGCUCCAGAGAACCGUACAGGAGAGGGAGGAGCAGCUGUCUGCUGCCCGGGCAGAGCUGUGUGAGGCUGGGGAGAGAGGGAGAGAAUCCGGGGGGUCUGGAGAGGAGCUGGAGGAGCUCAGGAGAGAGCUGACUGAGAUGAGGAGGGGAUUUCAGAAGACUACGAGAUGAAGAUGGAGAAGCAGAGGCUGAAGACAGAGGCUGAGCAGGCCCAGGGGAGGAUAGAGGAGCUGGCCAGGCAGGUCAGGGAGGUCCAGGAUGCUCUCAGCAGGACUGUCCUGGAGAACAACACUCGUAUCAAGGCUCUGAAGCUGGAGAAGAGCCAGCUGGAAGGGGAACUGGGCCAGGCAGAGAGGGGCCUCCAGGAGCAGGUCAGGGAGGUCCAGGAUGCUCUCAGGAGAACAACACUCGUAUCAAGGCUCUGAAGCUGGAGAAGAGCCAGCUGGAAGGGGAGCUGAUCCAGGCAGAGAGGGGCCUCCAGGAGCAGGUCAGGCAGUACCAGCAGACCAUUGAGGAGCUGAUCCAGGCAGAGAGGGGCCUCCAGGAGCAGGUCAGGCAGACCAUCGAGGAGCUGACCGCUGCCCGCUCCAUGGACGCCUCGGCACUGCAGACGGCGCAUGAGAGGACGGUGAAGCUGAACCAGGAGUUGAACCAGGAGUUGAACCAGGAGUUGAACCAGGAGUUGAACCAGGAGUUGAACCAGGAGUUGAACCAGGAGUUGAACCAGGAGUUGAACCAGGAGUUGAACCAGGAGUUGAACCAGGAGUUGAACCAGGAGUUGAACCAGGAGUUGAACCAGGAGUUGAACCUGGAGAAGAACCUGGAGAAGAACCUGGAGAAGAACCUGGAGAAGAACCUGGAGAAGAACCUGGAGAAGAACCUGGAGAAGAACCUGGAGAAGAACCUGGAGAAGAACCUGGAGAAGAACCUGGAGAUCUCCCAGCUGAGGAGAGACGUGGAACAGAUGGCCUCCGAACACAGAGACACCGACGAGAUGCUAUCCGUCACCGUGGCCGAAGAGACAAAACAGCUGAUGGACCUCCUCCAGGAGAAGGACUCCUUCACUGAGAGCAUGAGAGCUAACAUGGCCGCCACCCAGAGGGAGCUGGAGGCCGUGGUCCAGGCAGCCACCCAGGAGGCUGAGACCCUGAGAGCCAACAUGGCCGCCACCCAAAGGGAGCUGGAGGCCGUGGUCCAGGCAGCCACCCAGGAGGCUGAGACCCUGAGAGCCAACAUGGCCGCCACCCAGAGGGAGCUGGAGGCCGGGGUCCAGGCAGCCACCCAGGAGGCUGAGACCCUGAGAGCCAACAUGGCCGCCACCCAGAGGGAGCUGGAGGCCGUGGUCCAGGCAGCCACCCAGGAGGCUGAGACCCUGAGAGCCAACAUGGCCGCCGCCCAGAGGGAGCUGGAGGCCGGGGUCCAGGCAGCCACCCAGGAGGCUGAGACCCUGAGAGCCAACAUGGCCGCCGCCCAGAGGGAGCUGGAGGCCGGGGUCUAGGCAGCCACCCAGUAGGUUGAGACCCUGAGAGGAGCUCUGGAGGAGAAGGACAAGCAGCUGGGAGGCAUGAAGGAAGACAAC